AUGGCAGCAGCUGCGCAGCCCGAUUCGAGGAUUGACACCACCAUUUCAUCCCUACGAAGAGAUCUGACCUCCGAGAACGUCCCACUUGCCCGACGCUUUCGCGCCCUAUUCUCUCUCAAACACGUUGCUUCGCAGUCUCCUGGGCCACAGGCAACAGCAGCAAUAGAAGCAAUCGCGGCGGCCUUUACUUCUCCCUCCGCACUCUUGAAACACGAGCUGGCAUACUGUUUGGGACAGACCAGGAAUCUAGCGGCAGUACCAUUCCUUCGCGCCGUGCUCGAAGAUAGGGCCGAAGAUGCAAUGUGUAGGCACGAGGCGGCGGAGGCGCUGGGAGCGCUGGGAGACCUGUCAAGUCUACAGAUCAUGAACCAGAUGAAAGACGACGAGCGCGAGCCUGUGGUGGUGAGGGAGACAUGUGACAUUGCAGUCGAUCGCAUAAAUUGGGCUCAUUCUGAGAGCCGGCAAAGCGAAUGCUUGAAGUCAAGUGACUUUGCCUCCAUCGAUCCUGCACCUCCUCUACCUUUAUCUUCAGAAACACUUUCAAUCCCGACUCUACAGGCGACACUUCUCGACACUUCAUUGCCUCUGUUCCAGCGAUAUCGUGCCAUGUUCGCGCUUCGAGACCUUGCGUCUCCACCAGACCUCCCUACAGCAGAAACUGCCGUCCAUGCCCUUGCUUCCGGCUUUAAAGAUCCAUCAGCACUAUUCCGACAUGAGGUGGCUUUCGUGUUUGGGCAACUGUCCCACCCAGCGUCAAUACCCGCGUUGCUGGCUGUGCUGGAAGAUACCGAGGAAGAAAGCAUGGUCCGGCACGAGGCGGCGGAGGCACUUGGCAGUCUAGGAGAAGAACCGGGUGUGGAGGAAAUACUGAGGAGAUUCUUGAAUGAUCCCGAGCAAGUGGUUCGUGAGAGCGUCAUUGUUGCUCUUGAUAUGGCUGUGUACGAAAAAACGGGCGAGAUGGAGUACGCCACCAUUCCAACAGAAAUUGCUGCAUAG